AUGUCACCUCAAGAGUUGUGGGAGAAGGUGCUCGACCAUCUGAUAGAGGUGGAACGUGGACAGCAAAAAGCUCGGGAUCUUUUCCUGCAGUCGGCGCCUAAUGUGAAGCAGGCGUUAACGUCAUUGCUUAGCUUGGAGCGCGUACAACAGCGAGUUUCUUCAGAGGCGAUAUUGACAUUCGUGGAAUCACUUCCUCAACCCGAUUGGAUUAUCUUUGCUUGCGACGUAAUGCUCCGCGGAUCUGGGCUUUGGGAUAAGUGUGCGAUAGCAGUGUUACUUCGCAAAGUCAUGUCCCGAUCAUCAGGAAAAACGCUCAUGUUGGCAGAGAGUUGUUGGAUUCAACGUCUCGAUUUCGGAGUCCGAGCAAUAGCUAGCAGCGCAACAGUUACUAUUGCGUCAGCAGUUGGAGACGAUCUAUUAUACGUCGCGGGAGAUGGAUACGCACACGACAAAAACAAUCGGUCUGUCUAUUGCUGGACAAAACAAUGGACAGCAGACAACAAGAAAGAGCUGUGGCGGUUUGUUCCAGCCUUAACGGGGUCGUCCGAUUUCUAUAUCAUGAAUGUGUAUGCAGACGCGUAUCUCUAUGUCUCAAGUUCCAGUAUCACAACGGAAAACGAUGAUUGCUUAAUGAAACGAGCUCUUAUGCCGCGCUAUGAAAAAGGUUUGCCGGACGCUGCUGGAAUCUGGCGAUUAGUGAAGCUUGAAGGGAAGAACUAUUCAAUUUACAAUGCCAGUACCGACACGGUCCUGUCUUCUCCCAUGGAAGCAUCUGACGGAUCUCGUCGUGAUGCUGUCACUAGGACGUACCGUCCUCUCGAUGAAAUGAGCUUACAGUGUCAUGAAUGGAAGAUAACCUCAGCAACUCCGUCGAAAAUGGAGAAGGGACUAGUUGAGUUAUAUGCUGAGAGGUAUAACGAAGCUGUAAAAGCUUUUACCGAAAUUCUGACCAUGGACCAUCUCUCCGUAGUACAUCGCAAGAAAUUGCUUUGCUAUCGAAUGGUGGCGAAUGUGAUGAUGAACAACAUAGGCUGCUUUGAGCAAGACUGGGCCGAGGUGUUGGACUUAGGUGGUGGUUCGGACGACGUGCUUGCAACUCUAUGUGAGCAACUACCAAGUGACGUCUUAAAGAUACUAGAAGAACGCGUCCAGCUGAUACAUAUAAGAUGGAAAAAGAUGAAGGAGUAG